AUGUACGUCCGAAUAUUACGAACGCAUAUCACAUCAACAAAGGCUCUCAACGCUUUGGAACCGCAUAUUUCAGAGGAAACGAUCAGGUAUCAUUAUCUCAAGCACCACGCGGGCUACGUCAAAAAACUCAACGAGCUCGCGGUUAAGCAACCAGAAAUAGCCACAAAAACGCUCGACGAGCUCUUGGAAACAGCGCAGGGUACAGUGUACAACAUGGCGGCUCAAGUAUGGAACCACGAUUUCUACUGGCUCGGAAUGUCGCCAAACGGAAGUAUAGCCGAUGCGCCAAUGACGAAUGAGCUUAUAAACAAGACAUUCGGAUCACACGAGGCCCUAAAGCAGCAGAUAACGCAAAUGGCGACGGGUAAUAUCCGUUUUAUGCCCACCAAUAACAAUGCAGCUCACUUCGGAAGCGGAUGGGUCUGGGCGACGUACGACCGGGUUACCGACACACUAAAACUUGCUGCCACGAAAGACGCAGACAACCCUAUAAGGCUCUGGAUGGUGAAGCCAGUUUUGGUGAUAGAUGUCUGGGAACAUGCCUACUACAUUGACUACCGCAAUGACAAGUCAAAGUACACCGAUGCCUGGUUCAAAGUGAUUAACUGGGAGCGGGCAGAACAACUAAUACAGAAGUACAGGUCUGAGUGA